AAAUUUAAGCAUGCGCUACAUCAGCGCUACUUCUGAACUUAGUUAGAUCAGGCUCAUAUUACAUCAAGGAUACAGCCAGUGCCUAUCCUAGUCUGCAAGAAGCUCUCUUAAAGCAUCAUCUAUAUGAAGUCAGAUGAAAAUUGUCUAAUUUUCAAACAUUUCCCACCAGAAAUAGCUGAAGAUGAAUGUGUUACUUUUUUAAAAUCUCUAGGGGCAACCACAGCUCAGUACUUCGGGAAUUCCGGUUCUCUUAAAUAUUGUGCCUAUGCAGAGUUCACUUCUGAACAGCAUGCUUGGAAUAUUAUUAAAAAUCUUCACCAGAAGAAAAUAUUAGAUCGACGUCUUUCAGUAGAAUUUUUCCAGUCUACAGGAGGAGGAUUUCCUCCGGUUAGUAACCAGAAGACCAAUUCCGACAAAUCUUACAAAGAACAAUGCUCUCCUGUAACGACAAAUGCUUUUUCAGCUAAGUGGGAUCCAUCGUUCGAAGUUCCUUCGCGAUUGUAUUACGAGUAUCCGGCUGUAUCCAAUGACAUACUUACAAAUAUUGUGCGAUCUUUAGCUUCUUGUCCAGCAUUUUAUAAUCAGGUACUACACAUCAUGAACAAACUUCAUUUACCGCCACCAUUUAAUGAUCCAGAACAUUUUCCUGGUGAUUAUCUAGUCAUUUCAGCUUCAGAUUAUGCAAAAAUGCAAGCUUUAGUAAAAAACAACAACCGACCCAUGUCAACAGAGGAGAACAAUGACUCAGGUUCAGUUUCAGAAGAAAUGGAUUUAUCUAGUGGACCGGAAUCUGAACUGGCUUCUGAUGAUGAAAAAACAACAACUUUACAAGUAAAAAAAAGUAUCCCAGUCAGACGACGUUUUAAAGUUCACAAAAAACUCCCAUCUGUAUUAUCUGCUCGUUUACCCAAGACUUCAAAACGUAAAAACAUUCCUGUCGCUGAUGUAUUUGAACCACAUCAAGCGGCCAAGAAGUUGAAUUUGCCAAAAAUUCUUGAUAUCAAUUCUCAACAGGAUCAUCAUAAUUCAUGUGAUGAUGAAUCUGAAGGUGGAUUCGGACUGAUUCAUACAGAGACUAAAAUAGAGACAAGAUAUUUUGUUGAUGAAACAAUUCAGAAUGCUCAAGAAAAUCAUGCAUCAAUCUUUUCUAAUUUCCAGCUCCGUAAAGAACAAUUGUCUGAUGAAGAACAUGAAAACUUGGAACAUUUAAUCCCACUUCCAUCACAACCACCUUCAAGUGGUGAAACUAUGUCAACGGUUACUGACAAUAACUUGUUUAAUUUUGUAACAACACUUUCUAUUGAUGAAAUCACAUCCAAUUGUUUAAAAAUUGAAGAUCGAAUCAAUUAUCCAGUAUUUGCUAAAUACGAUACUGGAGCUAUCACCUCACGUUUGUAUAUUAAAAACUUAUCACAAAUGGUUACAGAAACUGACUUGUUUCAAAUAUUCGGGGUAUUUUCAAAUGGACCUGUGACUGACAAUAAUUACAAACCAAAGGUUCCGUUAGAUUCAACAGAGUGUUUUUCAAUAAGACUAUUGACUGAAGGUCGAAUGAAAGGUCAGGCAUUCAUUGGCCUUGCAUGUGAAACAACUGCUAAACAAGCAUUGGAAGCAACAAACGGUUAUAUGUUAUAUGAUCGUCCAAUGGUUGUUCACUUUGCUAGAGGAGCUAAAGCGAAACCAGAUGAAAAAAGUUUACUAUUAUCAAAAUAAUGCUAUUGAUAAUUCAUAACACCAACAGGAUUCACAUCCAAAGUUUGAAUCUUACACAAUCAAUGAAUUGUAUAAAUGUCCGAUGUACAAAUUGUAAAUAUAUGAACCAUUAGUUUAUUGCAUUGUAACA